UUUCUUGUUCCGGGAACAAACGUGUGCGUAGAGUUGCAUGUGCGUGUUUUUCAUAUGGUGCCGUAAGACUGCUAAUCAGACAUUGAAAAUAAACCGUGGACCACCAACGAAUAUAUUUUUUGAGAGAGAGUGGAGAAAGACGCAGUCAGAAGAUUGCAUAAAUUACGGGAUCGCCCGUAUCUAUAAUAAAAAGCCAGCACACAGUAGCUGUGAACCAUGGGAAGGAAGUUGGAUCCUACCAAUAAGGUUAAGCGAGGACCAGGAAGAAAGGCGAGGAAACAGAAAGGAGCGGAGACUGAGCUUGCCAAAUUCUUAGUGGAAGAGGACACAGAGCCAAAAAGACUGUCAAGCAGAGCAAGGAAACGAGCUGCAAAGAGAACACAACCUUCCGUCCAGGCUACAGAAGAAACUGUAAAGAAGCAGCCACAGAAAGGAUUCACCGAUGAGAACAGUGAGUGGUUGAAACCUGCCAAGCGGAAGCGGCCUGUUGACGAGUCAGACGGUGAGGAGGACAGUGACAGCCAAUGGGAGCAGGAAGAAGACGAGGAAGAGGAUAAUACGGGAGCAGGACUUAAAGCAAAGGAAGCUAAGGAAGAUGAGGAGGAGAAGGAGGAGGAUGGUGGGGAUGAUGACAGUGACGAUGAUGAAGCAAUGGUAGAUGACUACGGUGCAAUGGAGGACAGCAGUGAAGGAGAGGCGGAUGAUGCUGAUGGAGAAGAGCUGCUCCCCAUUGAGAGAGCUGCCAGGAAACAGAAGAAGCUGGAGGCGGCCAUGGAGCAGGACAGCGAUGAUGAGGAGGAUGAUGAGGGGGAGGAGGAGGAGGAGGAGAGUGGGAGCGAGCAUGUGGAUGAGGAGGACACCGUACAGGCCAAUAUUGAUGAGCUGGACAGAUUCAAGCUACCUGAUUCUGAGGAUAGAGAGAAAGAGGGACUGUUGCCUAUAGAUCUGCAGUCGAUCUAUCAGCGAAUUAAGGAUAAUGUGGAUGUCCUCUCUAACUUCGCCAGCAAGAGAGAGGAGGGGAAAGAGAGGGCGGAAUAUCUCUCCCUCCUGAAAAAGGAUCUGUCGACUUACUACAGCUAUAAUACCUUCCUCAUUGAGAAACUGCUGGACAUCUUCCCAGUGUCAGAAUUGAUCGAUUUCCUGGAGGCUAAUGAAAUUCAUCGACCGGUCACUAUUCGAACGAAUACCCUGAAGACAAGGAGGCGGGACUUGGCUCAGGCCCUGAUCAACAGAGGGGUGAACCUUGACCCCUUAGGAAAGUGGUCUAAAGUGGGCCUGGUCAUAUUUGACUCCUCUGUACCUAUAGGUGCAACACCGGAGUACUUAGCUGGUCAGUACAUGCUUCAGGGUGCCUCUAGUCUGUUGCCGGUCAUGGCGCUUUCUCCCCAGGAGGGGGAGUCAGUACUUGACAUGAGUUGUGCUCCAGCAGGGAAGACCACGUAUAUGGCUCAAUUGAUGAGGAAUACCGGUGUGAUCGUGGCUAACGAUGCGAGUGCAGAGAGAUUAAAGAGUGUGGUGGGCAACAUCCAUCGUCUGGGUGUCACCAACACGGUCAUUUGCAACUACGACGGCAGACAGUUUCCUAAGGUGAUGGGUGGGUUUGAUCGAGUAUUGCUGGAUGCCCCUUGCUCUGGUACUGGAGUUAUUUCCAAAGAUCCAGCUGUGAAAACCAGUAAGGACGAGGCUGAUAUACAGCGCAGUGCCCACUUGCAAAAAGAGCUCAUUCUGUCAGCCAUCGAUUCCCUCAAUGCAGAGUCUAAAACCGGUGGUUACCUGGUCUACUGCACCUGUUCCAUCAUGGUGGAAGAGAAUGAAUGGGUUGUGGACUAUGCUCUGAAGAAAAGGAAUGUCAAACUGGUACCCACUGGCCUGGACUUCGGCAAGGAGGGGUUUACAAGGUUCAAAGAACGCCGGUUCCACCCCUCCCUUCAUCUCUCAAGGCGAUUCUACCCUCACUCGCACAACAUGGAUGGAUUCUUUGUGGCGAAACUGAAGAAAUUCUCAAACACUGUUCCAGCCAUGCCUGCUGGUGAACCUGCAGAGGAGGAGAAUGUACCUGCUGAGACGGAGACUCCUGCACCAUCAAAGGAAAGCCCUAAAAACCCAGGGUCAAAGGUCAAGGGCAAGAAACCACUCAAAGUCAAAGCAGGAAUUGCAAAGGGAAAAGUUGCAACAAAUGGAACUGUUGCAAAGAACCUCACCAAGAAGCCAACAGAUGUGCUAAAAAAGAAAGGCAUGAAAGAUAGAAAGAUGAAACCCAAGGUAGCCAAGGAUGGGACAGAGACUGCAAAAGAACCAAAAGUAGAGGAGAAAAAUGAGGGCAGCAGGUUUGAGAAAAAAAGUGAUAAAAAGAGAAGGAAAAAUCCCACGAAGGAAAGUAACAGAAUGGGCAAGAACAAGUUUAAGAAGUUUAAGAAGAUGCUGAAAAAAGAAGAAGUGGCGUGAGCAGCGCACAACUGUGAUGGUAAUCAUGUGACAUGCAGGCUAACAUGUGAAGUGGGGAAUUGUAUUUGUAGACUGGAUGGAGAACGGAAGGUGGACCCAAUCACUGAUCUCUAUGCAGGGUUCAGAUGGAGAGAGGUGUUGGAAAAACCUUGGGACUACCAGACUGCAUCGUUCAUUGCAACAAUACUUCUGGGGGCAUAUUUUUAUGUCCUGAGUUCAAUAUUUCACAAUUCAACAGAUGACUUGCAUCUUUCCUGGAAAGAUUUAUAUUUGUAUGUAUUUGUCCUAAAGAUUGUCAUACGAUGUUGCCCUUAAGAUUUUUUUUUAAAAGAAUGCAUUUGAUUAAUAUUACUCUGUAAAAAGAAUGAAUAAAUGUCAUCUCUGUUUUCUUCA